AUGGUGGUUAAUAAUUUAAUUUUUAUUUAUGAUUGAUUAGAAAUUUUUGUUUCUGCCAAUCUCUGUCAACUUUAACUGCAAUUGUGAAUCUCUGCAACUUGUAAACAAAAACAGUGAAGUAUUGGGCAUGGAAUUGUAAACUUUUGUUCUUAUUGUCUAAAAUAAAUUUUUUGUUGAAAACAUUUUAUGUGAAAAAACAUGGGGAAAAUAACUGACAAGAAGCACAGACUUCAUACUGCUGCUCCUAAGACUUUGACUGACAAUGAAGUACUGCAUGUAACACGGAAUCAGUGGUCUCAACAAAGUGGAAUACCAAGUGUCAGCACUAAUAUAUUUAAGAACAUACAUAUUCCACCCAGUGCACUUAAACAGCAACUUCAAUCCUUUGCCACUCAAGAUGCUGUAGAAGCCAAGCACGCUCAUAGAAAUGCGACUCUAGCGCUUGUUGCCUCUAAGCUAAGUGCACAAAAGAAGAAAGGAGCCAAGAGAGAACCUGUUCAUAAAGUUAUUAAAAAUGUGCUAGCAGAACAAGUAAAAAAGAAAAAAGCUCAAAAGAAGAAGUCCAAAACUAUACUUCAGGAUUAUAGCUCUUUAAAAGACGCUUUACCAGAUUUAGUCGAACUUAGAAAAGAAUGUGAAGCAAAAGAAAAACCUAAAAUACCUAAAGCAUUAAAGGCUCAAGCAUUAAAAAUGUCUGAAGACAUCAAAACAUUCAGGAGCCUUAUGGAAGACCCAACUUUUGUAGCUGAUCCCUUUGCAGCAAUAUCAGCACAUAUAAAAACACACUUGUCGUCUUAAAUGCCCACUUCUGUGUAUAUUGUAAAUAAAUUAUUAUUAAUUUUUAUAAA